AGCUGAGAGCAUGGUGUACGAGAGACUAGUUGCUAUUGUCCGAGGGAGCGCUAGGACCUCAUCUCUCUGUCCCUUCGUCACACCAGCUCUUGCCGUGCCUAUAGGUUCGAACGAUGGAUGAAAAAGUGGACAAAGAACAUGGAAGGACUGACGUCCAGACUCUGUCCGUUGACGACGAUGCAUCCACUGAGGACGCAGCAAAGGAUAUAGGACCGCAUGACAACGUUCGUCUAGCGCAAUUGGGCUACAAAGCCGAGUUCAAGCGCGAAUUCUCGAUGAUUGAGACCGUCGCUUUCGCCUUUGCAAUCAUGGCAGUGAUCCCGGGAAUAUCUACGACAUUUUCGAUAUCACUUCCAUCUGGAGGGCAUGUCGGUCUGGUCUGGGGCUGGUUGAUCCCCUGCUUCUUUGUUAUGUGCGUAGCAGCAUCCAUGGCAGAGCUUGCAUCCUCAAUGCCCACGAGUGCUGGAUUAUAUUACUUCUCAGCGAAGCUGGCACCUGAGAAGUACUCGGCCCUUGCUGGCUGGAUUGCGGGAUGGGCGAACAUCACGGGACAGGUCACCUUAGUGACCUCUAUCGACUAUACGCUAGCGCAAAUGAUCACUACUGCAAUUGCUGUCGGAACCGACGGCGCUGUCAACCUUGGCGCGGGGCCCACUUACGGGAUUCUGAUCGCUCUGCUCUUCGUGCAUGGUUGCAUUUGUUCUGCAACCACUCGCAUUCUAGCUCGGCUUAACCUGUUCUAUGCUCUCGUUACAAGUGCGUUUAUUGGUACCGACUUCUGUCUAGCCCCUACCAUUCAUCCACCAUACGCAGUUGGAACGACAUCAGCUGCUAUUCUUGCAUUGCCAAUAGCAGCCGGAGAUAACAGAGUCUCGACGAAAGAAGCUUUCAUGUCCUUCGAAAACCAUACAGGUUGGACCAACAAUGUAUGGGCUUUCAUGCUUGCGUUCACUGUGCCGAUGUGGACAUUCACUGGCUAUGACUCUGCCGCGCAUAUCUCGGAGGAGGUAUCCGGUGCAGCGAAAGCGGCACCCGUCGCUAUCCUUGUAUCUGUCGCGAGCGUGGGAUCGCUUGGAUGGAUACUUUGUAUCGCAGCUUCAUACGCAAUUGUCUCCGUUCCAGACUUGCUUGCAACGGAGUUAUCGAUGCCCAUGGGUCAACUCUAUCUGGACACUGUCGGAAAGCAAGGAAUGCUUGCCAUUUGGUGCCUCACUUGUGUGGUUCAGUUUCUUUGUGGCGCUGCGCAGGGCGUAGAUGCGUCCCGCGUUAUCUUUGCCUUCGCAAGAGACAAUGCGCUUCCGGGAUCACAGUGGUGGAAGAAAAUCAACCGGCGUACACAAACUCCCGUGAAUGCAGUCUGGCUAGUCAUAGUUCUAGCUGCGAUCUGUGGCCUGCUGGGAUUCUCGUCGACUGCGCUAACGUCGCUCGCUGGGGCCUCUGUCAUUGGAAUGUAUACGUCAUACGCGACCCCUAUAUUUCUUCGAAUCACCUCAGGAAGACACAAGUUGAAGCCCGGUCCAUUCUCGCUCGGGGCCCUCUACAUGCCGGUAGGACUCGUAGCGGUUGCCUGGGUGGUGUUCAUCAUCAUUCUACUCUGUUUUCCCGCAACGACAGCCGUCGAUGAUGACAACAUGAACUACGCCGUCGUGAUUAUCAUGGCAGUGUUCGUAUUCGCCGGAGGCUCUUGGUUAGUGUCGGCAAGGAAGUGGUUUGUUGGCCCACUUCCAAACAUUGACACCGAGGACGCUGUGAUUCUUUCGUGCGACACGAAGUAGUGCCAUAUAUAUCGAGAUCCGGUGGUUGAAUGUCAUUGUUCCGACAGGUCAAUGUCACAACUCAGACCUCUCGAUUGUUGGACUCCCUACAAGAACAUCGGACAUCUUGCUGUGGAUCCCGAAGGCGAACAGAACUCGAACAUUUGAACUUUGGAACAAAGUGCGAAAUGCCCUGUGACUCUAGUGCGAGCAAACAUA